UCAAUCAUUCGCCAGAACCGUGCUAUAUAAGCACCACCCGAAUAUCAGAGUGUCAUUUCAGUUUCAACAACGAGCGAGAAUUCAUCAACUUUUACGUGACCAGUCUGAACAUGGACUCAACAAACGCACAAUUUACCUGUCCACAGUGCGGGAAAGGUUUUAAUAGAAAAGAUAACCUUUGCCGCCAUGUGCGAUCAGUCCACCGGGGAGAACGCUACGUGUGCUUUACAUGCACAAAAUCUUUUGCUUCAAAUCAAAAACUGAAGCAACACAAAUGUGCCUUGUCGCAACAACGUCUAUCGGAAUAUCGAUGUAGCAAAUGCCCCGAGGUGUUCCCUUCUCCCCGUGAGCUGGGCGUGCAUUUUCGGCGCGUUCAUUCUUCUGGCACAACUACGCAAACAGAUGUUCACGCACGCCCGUCUACCUCGAGAGGAGUACCGGUUAGUGGGGGUAAGCUCUAUUAUAUCUCUCUGUCACUUUAUUCAUCCAUGUACGAUGGUUAGUAUUACCGAGGUUCGUACCGCAUAGGGUUUCAAU